UCUCUGUGAGGCUGUCAGGGCAGGAGUGUGUGUCUUGCAUGUCUCCAGUGGGAACUUUUUUUUCCUUUUUUCUUCCAUACUUGCACCACUCUUUCAAAGUGUUGGACUGUUAAGUGAGAGAGGAGAAAAUAGAGAGAGAGAGAGAGAGAGACAGACCCCCAUGUUGCUGUGAUUUGACUAAACAAACAGCCAUUCUCAGAGCGGUACCUCCUCCCAACGGACUCCUGGGACAGCAGAGAGAAACCUCAGAACAUCUGAGAGAACCGGACAUUUGAAGCAGUGGACCCUGGAGGGACUACAGCUGGAGAACUCUUCUCUCAUUUCCCUUCUCUGGCCGGCUUUUUUUCCCCCUUUUUCUGGGAGGGGGGUCAGAGAGGGAAGACUCAUCCGUGUCUGCAGGAGCGCUCUGAAGAAUAGUGGGGUCACAAGGCAGCCACAAUGAGGAGGCUGAUAGCGUCUGUGCUCCACCUGAUGGUCGCUUUGACAGCUUUGGUGCAUUUCUGCCAAGAAGUACACAGCCUGGAGAUCAUCCCUGAUGACAAAGAGUUUGUCCUGGCCCGAGGCUCGUCUCUCACCCUAAUCUGCUCCGGCUCCAGCCAGGCAAACUGGGCGCUUAAGAGGGAAGAUUCAACUGACUACCUGAAUCAGCUAGACGAUACUAUGAAAUCAAGAUACAAAUUCUUUGAACUUGAUGCCACGUCGGUUGCUCUGAACCUAACAAGUGUGAAUUGGAAUCAUACUGGUGUGUAUCAGUGCAUUGAUGAUACCUCUGGCGAGAUAAAGGAAGUGGCAGUUUUUGUCCCAGAUCCUGAAGUUUGGUUUGUAAAGAGCACCCACGGCAUGGUGACGAAGAUCAGUGACGAAAGCAUCAUCCCCUGUGUGGCCACCAACCCAAACAUCACUGUCAUCCUGUAUGAGUGGGACACCAAAAGCCCCGUCGAAGGGCAUUAUGUACCGAGUGAGGGGUACAGUGCGCAGCUGGAGGACAGAACAUACGUGUGCCUUGGAGAGCUGAAUGGGGAGGUCAAAGAGUCUCAGGAGUUUAACGUCAUCAGCAUUACAGUGACCGAAGACAUCAACCCUUACAUCAACAGUUCAAAGACGGUCCUGAAGCAGGGCGAGCCGCUGACUAUAAACUGCACGGUGCACGGAGUGGAGCUGGUGUAUUUUUCUUGGGAUAUUCCACACACCGUGGCUGUUAACGUUGAACCACAAAUGUAUUUCUACCCGAAGAUGCACUCCUGUCUGACCUUCCCUCGCACUACGGUGGAGAACAGCGGAAACUACGUGUGCCACGCCCAAGAAGUGGUGGAGGGCAUCACAGCUUCCUCAGGCGUCAACAUCACCGUGCUCGAGCACGGUUUUGUGGCGGUGAAACCUGCUCAGCGGCAAAACAUUUCAGCCAAGCUUCAGGAGAACGUGGAGCUGAGAGUGGACAUUGAGGCCUACCCUCCCCCUCAGGUUCGAUGGACCAAAGACGGGACCACCAUCAAGGGAGACAAAGCUAUCACCGUCAGACAGGAUCAUGAAAUAAGGUAUGUGACCAUUCUCACACUGGUGAGGGUGAGGACUGAGCAGAAUGGCCUCUACACGGUCAUCAUUUCCAAUGGAGACGACAAGAGGGAAGUUCUCUUUGACCUGGAAGUCCGAGUUCCUGCUCAGAUUAAAGACCUGACCGACCAACAUCUCCCAGGGACGAGUGAGGCGGCAAUCUGCGUCGCUGAAGGCCUUCCAGCCCCAACCAUACAGUGGUACAGCUGCGACAGCAUGCUCAAGUGCAGCAACAGGACGGCGGCAUGGCAGCCGCUGAAGCCGCAACCGGACGUGGUGAGCAUCCAAACCGACGUCAGCUACAACCAGGUGCGCAAGGUCAGCGAAGUGAGGAGCAAGGUGACCUUCUACAAGCCUCAGCAGGUCACAGUUCGCUGCGAGGCCGUCAACCAGCCCGGGCUCGUCAGCACGAGGGACAUCAAACUGGUGUCCAGCACCUGGUUCUCCCAGGUGGCAGUGUUGGCUGCUGUUCUGGCCUUAGUGGUCAUUGUCAUCUUGUCCAUAAUCAUCCUCAUCGCUGUCUGGAGGAAGAAACCUCGCUAUGAAAUCAGAUGGAAGGUGAUAGAGUCUGUGAGCCAGGAUGGACAUGAGUACAUUUACGUGGACCCCAUCCAUCUGCCCUAUGACCUGGCGUGGGAGAUGCCCAGAGAAAACCUGGUGCUGGGUCGCACGCUUGGAUCAGGAGCAUUUGGCAGGGUGGUCGAGGCAACUGCCUACGGUCUCACGCAUUCCCACUCCAGCACAAAGGUGGCAGUGAAAAUGCUGAAAUCCACAGCCAGGAGGAGUGAGACUCAGGCCCUGAUGUCUGAGCUGAAGAUCAUGAGUCACCUGGGACCUCACCUCAACAUUGUUAAUCUGCUCGGAGCCUGCACCAAACAUGGCCCUCUCUACCUGGUAACUGAGUACUGUCGCUAUGGUGACCUAGUGGACUACCUGCACAGGAACAAGCACACCUUCCUGCAGCACUACGCUGAGAAGAACCAGGACAGUGGCUGCAUCAUCUCCAGAGGAAGUACCCCUCUCAGCCAGAGAAAAGGUUAUGUGUCCUUUGGAAGUGAGAGCGAUGGAGGAUACAUGGACAUGAGCAAAGAUGAGCCCUCCUUCUACGUGCCUAUGCAGGAACAGCUGGACACCAUUAAAUAUGCAGACAUCCAGCCGUCUCCAUAUGAAUCCCCCUACCAGCAGGACCUCUACCAGGAACAAGGUGGGGGCAGACAGGAUCUGGUGAUUGGCAACUCUCCCACCCUCACCUACGACGAUCUGCUAGGCUUCAGUUACCAGGUUGCAAAGGGAAUGGACUUCCUGGCCUCAAAGAAUUGUGUCCAUCGUGACCUGGCAGCCAGGAAUGUAUUGAUCUGUGAAGGGAAGCUGGUGAAGAUCUGUGACUUUGGCCUGGCCAGAGACAUCAUGCAUGAUUCCAACUACAUCUCCAAAGGCAGCACAUUCCUACCCCUGAAGUGGAUGGCACCGGAAAGUAUAUUCCACAAUUUGUACACCACCCUGAGCGACGUUUGGUCAUACGGCAUUCUUCUUUGGGAAAUUUUCACUCUGGGAGGAACUCCUUACCCUGAUUUGCCCAUGAAUGAAAUCUUCUACAGUGCUUUGAAGAGAGGCUACAGGAUGGCCAAGCCUGCUCACGCCUCUGAUGAAGUGUAUGAAAUCAUGAAGAAGUGUUGGGAUGAGAAAUUUGAGAAGAGGCCCGAGUUCUCCGUCCUGGUGCACAGCGUGGGAAACAUGCUGAUGGACAGCUACAAAAAGAGAUACAACCAAGUGAAUGAAAACUUCCUCAAGAGCGACCACCCUGCCGUGACUCGCACCAAACCCCGGCUCUCCUCUCCAUUUCCAAUUGCCAGCCCAGCCUUCAGCUCUCCCUCUCCUUUCACUCAGUCCUUCCCGGGCCGUCACAGCCAGAGCCCGAGGCCUGGAGACGGCGGGCGCGAGGCGGACACACAGGAAGUCAUCCCUUCAUACAAUGAGUACAUCAUUCCUCUCCCAGACCUAAAGCCGGACGAAGUUUUCACCGAAGUGCCGUCGGAAAGCCCGGCAAGCUCUCUGGCUGUGGAGGAGGAGGCCGACUCCACAUCUCAGGACACGGUAGAAACUCUUCCAGAGGAAGACCGGGUGGAGAACACCAGCGAGAGGGACGCGCUGCUGGGCUCCAUGGGGACGCCUGAGGUAGAAGACAGUUUCCUGUAGCCCUGCGUGGGAAGUCUGAGGAAACCGAGCCCCUUUCUGUAGACUGAGAAGAAACCCAACUAAAACCCGAAAUGUAGCAAAAACUGAGACUGAGAAACAUUCUCUGUAGUUUCACUGAGCUCUCAAAAGCUUCCUCCUUUGAGAGUUUUUGUUUUCUAUCUAAAGUUACAAAUAAUGAAAGUGGUACAAUGUUUCUCACUCUUCUGGGAGCUUGCCAGGAGAAGAAUAAGGUCACAUUCCAACACUAUUAGUUUAACAAAAGUAGUGUUGGUGUUUACUGUAGAUGCCAGUUCUGUCACACUUAGAAAGCUUUAGGCGGUUCAGAUUGUGCUUUAUUAUUGUUGUAACACUAACUGUUUGUCUUUUUGACUGUCUUAUCUGAGACUAUGUGACUUUUUUUUUUUUUUGAGAAGUGGGUUUUAUUGAUAUUUUUUAGCUUUCACAAAGAAAAGUAAUGAGGACCAACCUAAAACAGAACAUUGUCUCACAACAGUGAUUAACACUAAUUUGAAAAGAUGAUAUAGACACUUUAUUAUUAAUUUCCACUUUUAUUUUGAACCUUUUUUGCAUUGGGUACUAUUAGCAACCUUAUUCAUGGUAACAUGUUUAUAAGGUUUCAUUUCAAGAAUCAGAAAUGCAGAAACGUUGGUGCACUGUUUGAAAAUGAUGCGUUUCUUCUUUUUUUUUCCUUUUAUUGGUAGUCAGUGUAUUUUUGUGCCUGAGUCUUUUAACAUCUGAUGUUUUGUUUUUCAUUGUUGUAGGCUCAUGUCAUAGUUUUGUAUCAGGUUGCACUUUACUUAGAGAAAAUGAGGAUAUUUGCAUUAAAGUUAUGUUACUGUGUGAAUGUUAGAAAGCUACAACAUAGAGCCACUAGAGCAUAAAUCUGGGACUAUUUGAUUGAUUCGAAUCAAAUCUAAUAUCUGUGAAAGCAGGGGAAACUCUCAAACAGCAUGACACUGCCUAAGCACAAGAUGGCACACAUGAGUGCCUUUUUAUUGACAGACUUUUUUUUUUUCUCCACAGUUGUUUCUAUAAGGGUUGCUUUUAUGUACAGUAUGUAAAUUCUUAUUAAAAUGUCAAAUUGAUAAAUCAUUUCAGGAUAUUUUUCACCUUUAAUGUGAGAAAUACUCUGGAUGGAUUAUUUAACCAAAAACAAGCAAAUUCAUUAAUUGAAACAGAUAAAAAGAUUUUUGAAAAGUUGCAAUAACCUGGUUGCACACAUGGAAAAUAAACUUCAGCACUCAGUCUCCAUAGAUCUUUGAUAGCUUUUAGCCACUUUCAGUGUUUGUCAAAGAAGCAACACAUUGAGUAUCGCCACCAUGCUCACUGUGAAACAUGGCGGUGGCAGCAUUAUGUGCUCGGGUUACAACUUUUCACAGCCAACCAAACUUAACUAACUUAUUUUUAAGUUAGGUAAAAUAUUGAACAGUACUAUGCACCAAUAAUUUGAGAUAAAUUGGAAUUUUAUCGAUUUAAGCAUGUGUCAGAAUCUCAAAAAGACUUGCUGUGCCAGAAGAAAUUAAAUACCUGGAAUUAUUUAUUGAGAAUUCAGAACUAAAUUUAAGAAAUUUUAAUCUGAAAGAGGGGAAAUAUUAAAUUCCCAGUGUGUGAUAAUAGCAAUAGAAGACUGUGUUGGAAUUAAAUCAAAAGAUGCUUGACCAAGUUGAUGCUUAGUCGUGUGUACAUCUAUGCAACCAGGUUAUCACCGCUCUUUAUUUUUGUUAUGUUUUCUUCAGUUUUAUUUUGUUGGGAUUUUUUGGUGAAAUAAAGGAGAACUUGUCACAAUAAAGGUGAAAAACAUGUAUUUGUCAUGGUUACUUUUUUGUGUCGUAUCACAUUUCAGCAGAGAUGGUUAGACCUUAUUUUAUCCACCAUACCAUGAAAUCCUGAUGUGCACAUAAAAGUAAUACUUUCUGUUGCUUUGGGUAACUUUUGCUACAUUGUGUAUUUUAUCUCAGUACUUAGCGUAGCCAUUUAAAGAACACGUCUUUAUUUCUUGACAGUUUAAAAGCACACAAUCACUAUGUCACAAGCUAUGGUACCAAAGCUCUUGUUAACUUUGACAAAUGUAUUUUCAUAUGUUUUUUUUUUUGUGUGUUCUUGUUUUUUUUUGUAUGCUGUAAAUGUGUCAAUAAAUCAGUGAUAUCACAAUA